UUCAGUACAAAGAUUAAUUCUGUAGAAAACAAGUGUCCCGAACCAAUUUAGGAGAAGAAGGAAAUUUAACGAACCGAAAAUGAGCAAAUUUUAUUUACUUGUGAUUGUCAGUGCUACCGUUUUGUACGCUUAUGUACAUGGUCAUGGUAUGGUGUUGGAUCCGGUAAACAGAGCGUCGCGAUGGAGAUACGACACUAAAGCUAAGGCUGACUACGAUGAUACACAGGGAUGGUGUGGGGGAUUUUAUACCCAAUGGACAUUAAAUGGUGGACAAUGUGGAUAUUGCGGUGAUGACUACAGUAAACCUACCCCAAGAGACCAUGAACACGGUGGCAAAUAUGGCCAGGGCGUGAUUGUCAAAUCGUACAAAUCAGGCGGAACAUUGCCCAUAUCCGUCCAGAUAACAGCAAACCACAUGGGGUAUUUCUAUUAUCAAAUUUGUAAGAUGGACGGUGCCAGAGAAUCAAACGAAUGUUUUGCGGCCAACCGUUUGAAGCUAGUGAGUGGUGAGGACAAGUACAGCUUGCCAGGGUCCCAAGUAGGAUGGUAUAAUAUGACAUUACAAUUGCCUGCUGGCCUAACUUGCAAUCAUUGUGUGCUGCAAUGGACUUAUAAUGUCGGUAACUCGUGGGGAACUUGCGAGGACGGUAGAGGAGCUAUGGGCUGUGGGGCACAAGAACAUUUCAGAACUUGUUCAGAUAUCAGCAUUAAAUAGGAAUGCUGUACGCAUAUAACAUGGAACUGUUGUUGUUGUCAUUCAGAGAUUGUUUUACCACUUUUUUAUUCUGAGAACGUUAUCUACCUUUUGUUUAUGUUUGUCACACACAAAUUUUUCCAAAUAAAAUCUUAAAUCUCAUGUUUGA